AUGAAUUCUUUUGUUGCGGACAGCACUCCUGCAGUCAACGGGAAAUAUCAGAAACUCACUGACGAUUGGGAAUCAAAGAAGCUUGAUUUGAUAACUGGUGGAAGGUUGCUUCAAGAUGGCCUUGUUUACAGGCAAAACAUUUCGGUUAGAUCUUUUGAAAUAGGCGGUGACAGAAAAAUGUCCUUCGGUGCCUUGCUGAAUCACUUACAGGAUACUGCACUUAACCAAUGUAGAAUUACAGGGCUAAUGGUGGAUGGUUUUGGUUCAACACGAGAGAUGAGUAGAAAUAACCUUAUAUGGGUAGUUUCAACUCUGCAUAUAGUAGUGGAUCGCUAUCCUACGUGGACUGAUGUUGUUGAAGUAGACACUUGGAUGUAUGCGUCGGGAAAGAAUGGUCUGGGUCGUGACUGGAUAUUUCGUGACAGCAGGACUGGUGAAACUCUGGCUAGCGCAACCAGCGUAUACGUGAUGAUGAAUAAGAAAACGAGGAGAUUGUCCAAGAUUGCCAAGGAAAUGAGGGAUGAAAUCGAGCCUUAUUUAAUGGAUAUUGAGUGUCCCAUCAUACUUUUCUUCUUUGUG